AUGCCUCGAGGGGGUCACAAGGGAGGUCUAUUCCCCGUCAGUGGAAUGAAAUGGGGCAUGAAUGAGCGAAUCAGAAAGAGAGGAUUAUAUCAUAAUAGAAGAGAAGAUAUAUUAACCCCAAGAUGGGGAUAUCGAUAUGAAAAUAGGAACAGGAGCUAUUUACCAGAUGGCAGCUCCAAGUCGUUUGAUGUGGACGUAAGCAGAGCUUGGCCUGCUGAAAAGAAACAAUGGAAUUAUUUUUACACAAUUAAUGAAGCCAGAUAUUUAUGGCCAAGUAUAUGUGCACACAACCCUAACAUUAAAAAUUACAUUUUGAACAUGUUGGAGAAUAGUGAAAAUAGACCCUUCAGUGGAAUUGGACUGGAAGAAGUUCAGAAUGAACGCAGGAGUAACAGAAGUGAUUUCCCCGUUGGUAGCACUUCCUCCAGUAAUAACCAAAGCAGCGGAGUGUAUGGGAAAAACACUUAUUUAAGCAAACUAGCCAAUGAAUUUAACAACUCCAUUUUCCCACAAAUUGAAGUUAACCUGAGUAAUAGCCAGAAACGACAAAGAAUACAAAAGUUGUAUGACAUUAUACGGGAAGAGAAUGUAUGGAAAACGGUGCAAAAAAUAAAAACUGCUCAAAGCGAAAAUAUAUUCCCCUAUGUGGAUGAUAAUGCAACAUUGAUUAGAGAAUUGCCCCUGGCAGAAAUUUUGUACACGAAAAGUAACUUGCGCUUGAAAGUUAGGAGGCACCCCAAAUGGAUGAAUGUGCAGUUUUUGAAGAAAAAAAUAAAAAUCCCCUACCUGUACAGACGAAGAAUAGCAAGGGAGGAAUUACAAAAAAAAGAGUUUGGCUCGUUUUUUUAA